AGUAAAUAUACCCCCUCUGCAUUUUCAUUUUACCCCCAAGGGUCCUUUUAAUUAUUCAGUGAAUAAAGCCUCUGCGGUCUGCAUGAUUUACUCCUGGUUGCCUGAUUCUUGCAUACUUUUGGUUAGGCCCUGCUCUCUGACCUAAGGGAUAUUCAUCUGCCAAAGGAACUAAUCGAGUCCGUACCACACCAUGCCUACUGUUCAUUUGCUCGACUAUGUAGCUGGAAAUGUCCGAUCUCUGGUGAAUGCAAUUAAUAAAGUUGGAUAUGAGGUCGAAUGGGUGAAAUCCCCGAGCGAUCUCGAGAAUGUGGAGAAACUCAUCCUCCCGGGAGUCGGUCAUUUUGGCCAUUGUCUGUCCCAACUUUCAGAGGGCGGUUAUCUAGAACCAAUUAGACAGCACAUUCACUCGGGCAAGCCAUUCAUGGGAAUUUGUGUCGGUCUACAGGCGCUUUUCAUCGGGUCUGAGGAAAAUUCCGAGGUGCCCGGAUUGGGCAUAGUCCCUGCUCGGAUGCAGAAGUUCAGCGCCGAUACAAAAAGUGUUCCUCAUAUCGGAUGGAAUUCUGCGAUGAACACCAACGUCAAUACAACUGGCAACCAAAGCUUCUAUGGAUUAAACCCUAGUAGCAAGUACUAUUACGUACACUCUUACGCAGCACUUUAUACUCCCGGCCUCCUGGAAAAGGAGGGUUGGUCAGUAGCAACAGCUACAUACGGCGACGAAGAGUUCGUCGGAGCCAUAGCACGGGAAAAUAUCUUUGCGACACAAUUCCAUCCGGAGAAGAGUGGACAGGCCGGUUUAAGAACAAUUCGUGCUUUCCUUGACGGGGACAGUUUGCAGACGCUUUCCCUGAGCUCAUUGCAUCUCUCAGAAAAGAAGGAUGGGCUAACACGCAGGGUGAUCGCCUGUCUCGAUGUACGUGCAAACGAUGCCGGCGAUCUCGUCGUGACAAAAGGGGACCAGUAUGAUGUUCGUGAGAAAGACGGUAUGAGCACUGGAGGCCAAGUCCGAAACCUGGGAAAGCCUGUUGAUAUGGCCAAACGGUACUAUGAACAAGGUGCUGAUGAAGUGACGUUUCUGAAUAUCACCUCUUUCAGAAACUGUCCAGUUGCGGAUACGCCCAUGCUGGAGAUUUUGAGGAGAACAUCAGAAACAGUUUUCGUGCCGCUCACAAUUGGCGGCGGAAUUAGAGACACCGUUGACACUGACGGCACUAAAAUUUCGGCCCUGGACGUCGCAACCAUGUAUUUCAAAUCUGGCGCAGACAAAGUGAGCAUCGGGUCGGAUGCCGUUAUUGCAGCCGAAGAAUAUUAUAAGGCUGGCGGGAAGCUGACUGGGGAAACGGCCAUAGAGUCGAUAUCCCAAGCUUAUGGUAACCAAGCUGUGGUAGUGAGCGUUGACCCAAAGCGUGUAUACGUGAGUCAACCGGAGGAUACUACACACCACACAAUCCAGACAAAGUACCCAAGUGGUUCCGGGCAGGCUUUCUGUUGGUAUCAGUGCACCAUCAAGGGUGGCAGAGAGGCGCGAGACCUUGACGUGCGACAACUAGCGCAAGCUGUCGAAGCAAUGGGCGCCGGCGAGAUUCUGCUGAACUGCAUUGACAGGGAUGGAAGCAACAGUGGGUUUGACUUGGAGUUGAUCAAUGAUGUUAAGUCUGCCGUCAAGAUACCAGUUAUUGCGUCGAGCGGAGCUGGAAAUCCCGAACACUUCGCUGAGGUAUUCCGAAAUACAACAACAGAUGCGGCUCUAGGUGCCGGCAUGUUCCAUCGUGGUGAAUACACUGUCAACGAAGUGAAGGAUUAUCUAGAUGAGAGGGGUUUCUUGGUUCGCAAAUUCGAAACUGGUAGAUAGACUUAGUAGUCAUUCGGUCGCCAAUGACUACGAGAUAACAAUUUGCACAUUAUCGUGUCAUAGCUUUGUGUGCUGUAAAUGUAUCAUCAGUGUACACUUAACAAGGGCAAAGGUCAUGG